GCAGUCAGUCUGCGGCAUGGCGCCCUGGACACACAUCGUGGUGCUCGCGGCCCUCGCCCUGGCCCGGGCCGGGGCCCGGAUGCCGCCCGACGCGCGCGCCCUGCACGAGGACUUCAAGGGCCAGGCCCUGGCCGGCGCGCCGCCCCCGGAGGCCAAGGCGGCGGCCGCGGCGGCCGCCCUCGCCGAGGAGGCAGCGACCACCCCGGCGGCCGAUGAGGAAGAGUGCCUGACGGCCCCGUUCCCGCGCCCCCUGGUGCACUUCACCCCCAAGACCAACUGGAUCAACGACCCCAACGGGCUGCUGUACGCCGGCGGCGAGUGGCACCUCUUCUACCAGUUCAGCCCGCUGUCGCCCCUGCCGCGCAACAUCUCGUGGGGCCACGCCGUCAGCCGCGACCUGGUCCGCUGGACCGAGCUCUCGUCGGAGGGCAAGCCGGCCAUCCCCUUCGACGGCGACCGCGAGCUCAUCUUCUCCGGCAGCGCCGUCCUCGACCAGGACAACACGUCGGGCCUGGGCACGACGGAGAACCCGCCCAUGGUGGCCAUCUACACGAGCCACAACGCCAGCAAACAGGCCCAGUCGCUGGCCUACAGUCUGGACGCCGGCCGGACCUGGACCAAGUACGCGGGCAACCCCGUGCUGGACGAGAACGAGAAGGAGUUCCGCGACCCCAAGGUGCAGUGGCACGAGCCCACCCGGCGCUGGCUCAUGGCCGUGGCCAUGCCGGACGAGCGCAAGGUCCGCUUCUACUCGUCGCCCGACCUCAAGGCAUGGACACUGCUGAGCGCCUUCGGCCCGAUGGGGGCGGUGGCCGGGCAGUACGAGUGUCCGGACCUGUUCCCGCUGCCCGUCGACGGCGACCUGGCCCGCAUCAAGUGGGUGCUCAUCGUCAACGUCAACCCCGGCGGGCUGCAGGGCGGCUCCUCGGGCCAGUACUUCAUCGGCGACUUUGACGGCGAGCGCUUCGUGCCGGACAACAAGGACCCCGCGGCCGUGCGCUGGCUGGACUACGGCAAGGACUACUACGCCGCCAUCUCCUGGGUGGGCGCGCCCGACGGCAAGCGCUACAUGAUCGGCUGGAUGAGCAACUGGCUGUACGCCACGCAGACGCCGACGUCGCCGUGGCGCAACUCCAUGAGCGUGCCCCGGGUCAUGUCGCUGCGCAGCCGCGCCGGCGCGCCCGACGGCGUGGACCUCGUCCAGGAGCCCGUCCCCGCGCUCGAGGCCACGCUCCGCCCCAUGCAGAUGGCGCCAGUCUCCAUCACGGUCAGGAGGCGGCCCAUGCUGCUGUAUUCGGGCUGCAACGGCGCCUACUACCUCGAGGUCACCGUCACCCUCGGCACGGGCGCCACGGGCGUGUCCAUCCUCCUGCGCGCCUCACCCAACUUCACCUCCGGCACCGACGUCACCUGGAACGCCAACAAGGGCGAGCUCUCCGUCGACAGGCGUGAGUCCGGCGCCACCGACUUCAGCCCCGACUUCCCCGGCGUGCACGUGGCACCGCUCGCCCGCGACACCCUCCCCGACGGCAAGCUCAAACUCAAGAUCCUGGUCGACGAGGGGUCCGUGGAGGUGUUUGCCGACGGGGGCAGGGUGGCCAUCACCGACCUCAUCUUCCCCAAGGACGAGGACAACCUCAUCGUCGUGAAGACAAACGGGCCGGGCGAAGCGACCUUCGGGAACCUGACCGUCACUCCGCUGCGGCCCUACAGGGAGUCCUGCCAAGCCAAAGAAAGCACCUGUCGGCUGUUGGACAGGCCUCAUGAAAUUUAGAUGCGAAGAGUUAGUUCUUUGGUAUGGCUGACUGACUAUUUGCGCGAUGUUAAAAUUGCAAAUUCACAGGUAACUUCUAAACGUGGACCACAUCGAAAUUUUGUAUUGAAAAAACCUCUUGUCUUGUGUCUUUAAAAUAAAUUGAUGGCAUGCUUCUUC